CUGUGAUUUUGAGGAUGAUUUAUGUUUAUGGCAAAAUAUUGUUAGUGAUAUAAAUUCAAAAUUAUCAAGCAAUAUAAAAAGAAAUCAUAAUGUGACAGGAGUCCAGUAUGUGAGCAUGUUGGAUGAUAAUUUGGACUGGCUUCGACAUGUAGCAGAAACUGCAUUUGGACCUAAUUCCGAUCAUACUAUUGGCAAAGAAGGACAUUAUCUUAUACUCGAUCCUCGAUUUCCACAUCAGGAGAGAGAGAGAGCUAUACUUAUGUCGGAACGUCUGUUUACAACCACUUCAGUUUGUUUUAAGUUUUGGUAUUUUAUCAAAGACGGAUUUCCAAAUGGAGCUGAAAUUAGAGUGUUUAGAAGUAAUAAUUAUUCAGAUGCAAGUCAAGUUGAAAUGUUUAAACAAUCUACCAAUGAAACAUGGAAGUUUGCCAAAGUACUAAUUGAACCUGAAUCAGAUGAUGAUUCAGUUAAGAAAGAAUUUUGGGACAUUAUCUCAUACUCGAUCCUCGAUUUCCACAUCAGGAGAGAGAGAGAGCUAUACUUAUGUCGGAACGUCUGUUUACAACCACUUCAGUUUGUUUUAAGUUUUGGUAUUUUAUCAAAGACGGAUUUCCAAAUGGAGCUGAAAUUAGAGUGUUUAGAAAUGAUGAUUCANGUUGUUGGAGUUGUUGGACAAGACCAAUAUUCAUUUGCUGCUAUUGAUGAUUUUGAAGUCACUGAUGGCACUUGUUCAGAUGACGGGCCAAAAUUAUUCGAUUGCGGUAACAAAGAAACAGUUUUAAUGGAAAAAGUCUGCAAUUUUAUUAAAGAUUGUACAACUGGUAAAGAUGAAGAAGACUGUGGAGCAUGUGAUUUUGAAAAUGGACAAUGUGGUUGGUAUACACAAUGCCCCAACUCCGGAUACUGUUGGAAAAGACGAAAAAAUGAAGGUGACUCUGGUGCAGUUCAUGAUCAUACAAACAGUGACGGAAGCGUUAUAGGACAUUAUCUUAUACUCGAUCCUCGAUUUCCACAUCAGGAGAGAGAGAGAGCUAUACUUAUGUCGGAACGUCUGUUUACAACCACUUCAGUUUGUUUUAAGUUUUGGUAUUUUAUCAAAGACGGAUUUCCAAAUGGAGCUGAAAUUAGAGUGUUUAGAAGUAAUAAUUAUUCAGAUGCAAGUCAAGUUGAAAUGUUUAAACAAUCUACCAAUGAAACAUGGAAGUUUGCCAAAGUACUAAUUGAACCUGAAUCAGAUGAUGAUUCAGUUAAGAAAGAAUUUUGGAUUUAUGUUGUUGGAGUUGUUGGACAAGACCAAUAUUCAUUUGCUGCUAUUGAUGAUUUUGAAGUCACUGAUGGCACUUGUUCAGAUGACGGGCCAAAAUUAUUCGAUUGCGGUAACAAAGAAACAGUUUUAAUGGAAAAAGUCUGCAAUUUUAUUAAAGAUUGUACAACUGGUAAAGAUGAAGAAGACUGUGGAGCAUGUGAUUUUGAAAAUGGACAAUGUGGUUGGUAUACACAAUGCCCCAACUCCGGAUACUGUUGGAAAAGACGAAAAAAUGAAGGUGACUCUGGUGCAGUUCAUGAUCAUACAAACAGUGACGGAAGCGGAUAUUAUAUGUUGGCUCGUUACAAUCAGAGUAUUCAAAGUGAUAAUAUAAAAACAGAAUUAUUUGGUCCUAAAAUACAACAGUCAUCAUCCUAUUGUUCACUAGAAUUUUGGUACAACUUUUAUGGAAAAAAAAAGAUGGAUGUAUAUUUAAACUUAAACAAUAGAACAAAAAUGAAAAUGUGGGUAAAUUCCAGAACAAAAAGAUUGACCUGGUAUAAAGGAAUUGCUUUUAUUGGACGAGUGUAUCGUCCAUUUACGCUCAGUUUUGUGGCUAGAAGAAGUGAUGAUUCUAAAGAAUAUGCUGCAGUUGAUGAUAUCUCAUUUACUAACUGUGAACAACCUGCACCUUCAAGAUAUUGUGAACAAAAUAACUUUUUUCUUUGUGAUAAUAAAGUCUGCAUAAGUAAAGAAAAUGUGUGUGAUUAUACAGAUAACUGUGGUGAUAAUAGCGAUGAAAAUAAAUGUGGUAAGAAUUUUGUGGCUAGAAGAAGUGAUGAUUCUAAAGAAUAUGCUGCAGUUGAUGAUAUCUCAUUUACUAACUGUGAACAACCUGCACCUUCAAGAUAUUGUGAACAAAAUAACUUUUUUCUUUGUGAUAAUAAAGUCUGCAUAAGUAAAGAAAAUGUGUGUGAUUAUACAGAUAACUGUGGUGAUAAUAGCGAUGAAAAUAAAUGUGAAAUGUAUGUAUCUCGUUGCAAUUUUGAUACGUCAUUCUGUGAUUGGUCUGUUGAUGACAAUACAAAUGGUAAAUGGACUCUUCAAAAUGGUUUUUCUCAGUUAAGUAAAGGACCUACAAGAGAUCAUACAACUAAUACAAAGCAUGGAAAAUUUCUUUAUUUUUUUGGAGAACAGAAUAAGGAUAAAACUGCGAGGUUACUAGGACCUACAUUCCAAAAAUCUAGCACUUGCCAGAUGAGAUUUCAUUAUGAUGUUUAUGGCUAUGCAAGUAGAGAUGAUAUCAUGUCUUUAAGAAUUUCAACAAAAAUAUAUGACGGUGGUGACUUAAAGACUAUUUGGAAUAGGAAAACAGAAACAGAAGGUUAUUAUUUUACUCCCCAUUCAAUAACAUUUAAUGAAACUUCAACUUUUCAGGUUGUUAUUGAAGGUCAAAUAUUCUUUACAAAAGAUCAAACAAUAUAUUUAGCAUUAGAUGAUAUAUCAUUCACUCCAGACUGUUUAUUAGAAAUAGGUCCUUUACUAACUAGUCCACCACCAGCAUCUACUACUCCAGAAGUUGUCAUAUGUACUGAAAGAGAAACUAUGUGCAAGUCCAAUGAUCAGUGUGUUGAAAAUUAUCAGAUAUGUGAUUUUGAAAAGCAAUGUACAGAUGGGUCAGAUGAAUCAGACUGUGGAGAAUGUGACUUUUCUGAAAGUAUGUGUGGUUGGACAAAUACGCAAGAUACUACUUACAUGUGGGAGAGAGUUCAAGCAAGUAUAUUUACAGCUGAUAAAACUACAGCACCUGAAUAUGACAGUUCCAAAAAUAAGACUGGAUGGUUUGCUGUUCUCGCUGGUAAAAACUCAGGUAUGUUUUCACUUCCUGCUUCAAUGAGAACGCCAAUAUUGCAAUCCACAAGUUACAGCUGUAGAGUGGAAUUUUAUUAUCACUUUAACAGUAAAGGUUAUCUUCGGUUGAAUAUGGUUAAUUCAACUGAUAAAUAUGAUAGUAAACUGUUUUUUGAGGUAACGUCAGCUCAAGGAAAAGAAUGGGUGAAAGCAAGUAUUCAAAUUAGUAACUUUCCAGCAGGGUACCAGCUUGAAAUAGUUUCCUCCCCAAGAAGAACUUGGUUUUUUACAUCAGUUGCAGAUGUUGCUGUUGAUGAUAUUCGAUAUGUACACUGUAAUCCAAGAAUAAGUUAUGGUUUAAAUUUAAAUUGUACGUUUGAAGAAGAAGAAUGUAAUUGGUAUAAAAAAAACGACGGAACUGAUUUUGAAUGGAUGUUAGGAAAAAGUUCUAGAAGUGCUUUUGAUAAUGGACCAAAAAGUGAUCAUAGUGGUAGAGGUUAUUAUAUGUUCAUUGGUGGAACUAGAGAUUAUAAACGUGGUGGAAGAGCCCAUUUAAUUUCGCCACCUCAAAAUUCAACUACUGCUGGACGUUGUUUAAUUUUAUGGUACCAUAUGUUUGGAAAUUUAGUUGGUACUCUAAAUAUUAUUGUAGAUACAGUGAAUGGAAAUGAUACAGUUUGGUCACGAUCCGGAUCACAGGCACAUUCUUGGAAAAUGGCUCAGAGAACAAUAAAAAGCAGUUAUAAUCAUACGAUAAUUAUUGAAGGAAUAAUGGGAAGUGAUACUAAUAAAAUAAUUGCUAUUGAUGACAUAUCAUUCUGGGAAAAACCAUGUCCUCCUGCAGUUGAGUGUGAUUUUGAAUUGGAUUCGUGCGAUAUGGAAAUGAAAGGCUGGGAAAGACGCAAAGGAAAAAAUAACAUUCCAUCAAGAGAUCAUUCAACUAAUACAAGUACAGGUCAGUAUGCAGUGCUGACAAAAGAAGAAGGAUGGAUUACUAGUCCACUUUAUGCUGCUAAAAUGGCCAAUCACUGUCUUCGUUUUUGGUAUUUUCUUGAAGGCAAACGUACCGACAUAUUAGAAAUUCUUAAACUAACUUUUAAGCCAAAAACUACAAUUUCAAUAUGGAAAGAAACUGGAGAUUCAAAUUAUUUGGGUGAAUGGUUGUAUAGUAUGAUCACUGUAAACAUGAAUGCUUCAGAAACUCAGAUAACGUUUCAUGGUAUAAAGAAAUCGAGUAAAAGUGUCAUAGCUAUUGACGACGUGAAAUUUUUGGAAGGCACUUGUCCUCCACCUGGACAUUGUAAUUUCGAAGCAGAUAUGUGUACUUGGAGAAGUCUUCCUUCUCCGUUUAGUGUAGGAGGAAGGUGGUUAAGAGUAUCUGGUUCAGAAUUAGGUUCUCGUUAUGACUUACCUGUUGACCAUACCACAAACAGUUAUGAUGGCUGGUAUUUGCAACUUACAAACACCAGAUCAUAUUCAACCGACGUGACUGCUGUCCUUGAAAGUGAACAUCUGCAUUAUAGUCCAACAAUGUGCAUUAGUUUGUGGUAUUAUUCGGGAGGUUUUCUAGGAAACAGAGGAUUAAGUAUAAGUUACGUAGAUCAUGAAUCUGGUAAGAAAGCAUCAAUUAGCAAUGUAACUAAUUUUCGUAACUUGUGGAUAAAGCAUGAACAGUUGGUAACAAAUAUGCCAGAAGCAUAUAGAUUAUACAUCUUAGGAGAGAAGGAUGCCUUUUUUGAUUUUGUACAUGCAAUUGAUGAUAUUUAUGUAGACAGAAACUGUGAAGAAGUUACUACUAUUUCUCCGCUUCCAACAGCAGUACCUAGCAAUUGGAUGUGUAACUUUGAAUCUAUGUCACAAUGUUCGUGGAAACUUGACGAUUCUUGGAAAGUGAAACAAGCUAAAGCAGCAAUAUUUGAUAAGAAAGGACCAUCUCUUGAUAAUACUCUAAAGAGUUCAUAUGUACCUAGCAAUUGGAUGUGUAACUUUGAAUCUAUGUCACAAUGUUCGUGGAAACUUGACGAUUCUUGGAAAGUGAAACAAGCUAAAGCAGCCAUAUUUGAUAAGAAAGGACCAUCUCUUGAUAAUACUCUAAAGAGUUCAUAUGGUUAUUAUGCAUAUUUUAAUCCAGCAAAGAAAUCAACAGCAGGUGAAAUAGUUAGUCAGAUAGUCCCUGGUGAAGUAAAUUCUUACUGCUUUCAAAUGUGGUAUUAUUUGAAUAGUCCUGAACAAGUUUCUUUAACUAUGUUCCUGUUGCAAAAUAAAAAAUACAUUGGACCAUUAAUGCAAUUAAAAAAUAAUCAAAUUGGCGAUUGGCAGUUUGCAUCAUAUCAUAUAGACAUAAAUAUAAAUGCUUCUGUAGUUCUCAGAGCAAAAAAGAAAUCUAUUAAUAUUGGAGAUAUUGCUGUAGAUGAUUUGAUAAUAACUGAAGGAAAUUGCCCUGUUUCUUUAAAUACACUUUGUGAUUUUGAAAAUGAAGACCUCUGUGGUUAUUCAAUGGAAUCACCUGACUAUAUCGCUUGGGAAAGAAUAAAUGGAUCGGCAUCAGAUCCAAAACUGGGUCCAGAAUUUGAUCAUACAUUUGGCUCAAAUGAUGGUCAUUUCAUGAUUGUGAAAUCAUCUCAGAAAGGUCGGAGACCAUUUGGGAAUUCUGCGUAUUUGAUAACUCCUCCUUUACCACAGUCAGGAAAUGAAGAUUUCUGCAUUCAGUUUUGGUACUUUGUACAUGGUUCUGAUAUCGGUGGAUUAAAUUUAUAUAUAAAGCCAAAAGAUGGAAUUAUAGAUACUCCUAAAUGGGUUAUAAAAGGAAACCAUGGAGGCAAAUGGAGAAUUGCUCAAGUUUCUGCUCUGUCAGCUAAUGGACAUGAAAUUGUUUUUGAAGCUGUUACUAAAAAACUCAAUAGUGGUGAUAUAGCAUUAGAUGAUGUCAUUAUUAAAAAUGAAAAAUGUCCUCCACAAGGCAACUGUGAUUUUGAAUAUGAUUUAUGUACUUGGCAAAAUGUACAAGAAGGUACAGAUGUACAAUGGAUACGUAACAGAGGAUCUACGGCAACUGAAGGUACUGGACCUGUUACAGAUCAUACACGAGGAGAUGAAAAAGGUUAUUACAUCUAUAUUAAAGCAUCCAAUCCAGCGGGAAAAAGAAAUUUGGUAGGAAUUCUUGAAUCCGAAUAUUUCGAGAUGACAAGAAAUCAGUGUUUAUCAUUUUGGUUUCACAUGUAUGGAGAUGAUAUGGGUUCUUUACAAGUGAAUAUUACUUCCCUAGACAGUAAAACGGAUAAAAUUACAAGUAACAAGCUUUUUUAUCGCGAAGGAAAUCAGGAAAAUGAAUGGAAAGCUAUACAUUUGAAUUUAAAUAAAAAUAAAUUAGGAAUUGAUGAUGGAUAUCAAAUACUAUUUAUUGGAACUACGAAAGGAAACUUAAGCGAUAUUGCUAUUGAUGAUAUUUCCAUAAAAAAUGAAUCGUGUAGUGAUGUUCAAGAUAAUAAAUUUGAUUGUCAUGAAGUUAAUACGUCCAUAGAUAUAGAUAAAGUAUGUGAUUUCGAAAUAGAUUGCAAAAUCUCUAAAGAAGAUGAGAUGAACUGCGGUAAUUGUGACUUUGAACACGGAUUUUGUGGCUGGACAGUUGAUAAUUAUUUCAAUUAUAAUUCAGGAUGGGAAAGAAAGAAUGGUUCGUCGUCGUCAUCGACAUCAUUUUACGGUGGAUUUCCUACUGUCGAUACAACAACUAAUUCAUCUUCUGGAUGGUAUGCAUAUUUAUCUAGAGGAUAUACUUCAUUACUUAUUAGUCCAGGAAAUGAACGCAGUUUUAAAAGAUCUGGAUCCACUUGUAAAAUGACAUUUUGGUAUUAUCUUUCAAAAUGUUCUACAGCAAAUAUUAAAAUAAAAAAAUCUAUUGGAAAUAGUGAAAGUACAAAUUGGUUAAUUCAAAAUGAUCAAGGAAAUAGUUGGAAUGAAGGAAUAGCUUAUAUUGGCAGUACAAAAAAAGAAUUUCUAAUUAAAAUAUCUGGUGGAUAUUCAUAUGGAACAUGUUAUAUUGCAAUUGAUGAUAUUAAUUUUAAAGAUUGUGGUUUCCCAGAAAAAGCAGAUGAAUGUGAAGAUGGAGAAAUUAGAUGCCCAAAAAGUUUAGCCUGUGUAUCUGAGGAUGUAUUCUGUGAUUUUACUGAUGAUUGUGGAGAUAAUUACGACGAAUCGGAAGAAGUGUGCGCUAAAUAUUCAAACUGCACUUUUGAAUUUGGAAGUCUCUGUGAAUGGAAACCAAAGCCUGAUAGUAAAUAUAAAUGGGAAGUUGUGUACUCUAGGAAUUACAGACUAACUGCUAAUAUUGGACCAAUGAAUGACCAUACGGAACAACUUGAUGGAAAAGGUCGUUAUCUUAUGUUACGUUCUAUUUACUCUUAUUCAUCAGAUAUAAUAAAGGCUUGGCAUGUAAGUCCUAAUUAUAUCGUGAAAAAAGAUAGUGUUUGUUCUCUUCGAUUUUAUUACUAUUUAUUUGGAGAAGGAUUUAAAUUGAGUUUAUAUUCAGAAUAUGAAGAAAAUGGAUGGUCAUGGAAACCAUUAUGGCAAAAACAUGAAAAUGUGGGACAAGUUUGGGAGCGUGCAGAAGUCUCAAUUACAGAUAAUAGACCUUUUCAUUUUAUACUUGAAGGUGACAUUGGUAAUGCCGGAUCAGAAAUAGCAAUUGAUGAUAUAAGUAUUACACCAGGUUGUAUAUAUUAUAACGAGUCUCUUCCGACUCCAAAGCCAACACCAAGGCCAACUGUAUAUCCUUGCAGGGAAAAUGAAUUUAAAUGUAUCACUGGUUCUGUUGUUUGUAUAACUAAAGAUAAAAAAUGUGAUCUUCUUAUAGAUUGUGAUGAUGGUUCUGAUGAAGAAAACUGCGGUCCAUGCAACUUUGAAAAAGACAUGUGCUUGUGGACAGAUGAAGGAAGUGCAUUCAGAUGGGCAAGACAACAAGUAUCCAAAGUACCUGGCAUUGAACCAAAUGUAACCGAUCAUACAAAUCAGUUAUCUGAUAAUGGUUACGUUGCUAAUUUUAUUGUAGGAGAUGGAAUUUUUGAUAAUAAAGCAAUCCUUCAGAGUCCUGAUUUACCAUCAAUCUCGUCUCAUUGUGAAAUAAAGUUUUGGUAUUACAAGCGUAAAAAUAUAAGAUUUCAGUUAAGUCUAAAACGUAGAAUAAGCCGUUUACGUUACGCUAUCGUAAAAUCAGAAUUUAAUCUCCUUGAUAAUAAAUGGACAGAAUUUGUAUCAAAGAUUCCAGAAAAUCGUAAUACAACUUCUAUUCAAAUAAUAGCACAACCAUAUAAGUUUAAUAGAAGAAAUAAACAAAUAUUUAACAAUACUCUUUUCAUAGAUGACAUUAGUUUAUUGAAUUGUAAUCCUAAAGUACUAAUUGCAGACUGUAAUUUUGAUACAGAUUUUUGUUUUUGGAAACAUGAUAAAAAAGCUGAUUUUAAUUGGUUAAGACAUAACAGUACAACAUUUGCUAAUUUUACUGGUCCAACAACUGAUCAUACAACUGGAACAGGUCAUUACAUAUAUUUAGAUCAAUUCGGAAGAGGAAGAAAUAAAAUUGCACGAUUAAAAAGUCCUCUAUUGGCUGCUUCUUCACCUGAAGGCGCUUGCUUUUCAUUUUGGUAUCAUAUGUAUGGAAAACAUAUUGGAACUUUAUCUAUAAAUAUUGAAACUUUAACAGAACGUUAUACAGGCUGGGAAAAAACACGUAAUCAAGGUAAUAAAUGGAUGAGUGCAGAAAUACCUAUUAAUACAACUGAAGAUUAUAAUAUAUAUAUAACUGGUAAGACAAGAAGAGGCGGUCAAGGAGAUAUUGCUGUUGACGAUGUAAAAUUGAUAGAUAGUCCUUGUCAUCAAACAACAUUAUGUGAUUUUGAACAAGAUUUCUGUGGCUGGAAAUAUAAAUUUAAUAAUACGGUAGACUGGAUAAGAAGCACUGGAGAGAAGCCAUUUAAUGAAGAGAAACCAGAAACAGAUCAUACUAGAAAUACAGUUAAUGGAAAAUUCAUUUAUAUGUCAAAUGCUAGUUUUGGUGAGCGUAGUAAACUAGUGUCUCCUUAUUAUAAUAAUAUAGGAGAAUCUUGUAUAGAACUGUGGUAUAAUAUGUUUGGUUACGACAUUGGGACUCUUGGAAUUUAUCAACGCACUGAUUCUGAAAUUCGCUUGAAAAAUGAAAUUCCUAUAUUUAGUAAAGUAGGAGAUCACAUGCAUCAUUGGAGAAAGGGACAAGUUACGCUUGAAGCUUUAGACAGAUAUUACAUUGUUAUUGAAGCAAGAAGAGGAAAUGGUAAAAAAGGUUAUAUUGCAAUUGAUGAUAUAAAACUUACAGAUAAUGAAUGUUCAAAUGUAGUCUCAUGUAAUUUUGAAAAAGAUACUUGUGGUUGGUCAGUUGACACAGAUGUUUCUAAUAUUGAUUGGAUUCGUCGUACAGGUCUCGAUACAAAUUUUGGAGCAGGUCCAAUAAAGGAUCAUUCAGUUACUUCUGUUCAAGGUCAUUACAUGUAUGCAUAUCUUACAGAUCAAGAAGAGAAUAUAUAUUCACGUUUAAUAAGUGAAGAUAUUGAAUUAAAAGGCAGUUUUUGUUUUAGUUUCUGGUAUUAUAUGUUCAACACUAAAGCUAGUUCAUUAAAUAUAGAGACGUAUUCACCAAGCACAGGUUGGGACUCUGUUUAUAACAUAUCAGAUACUACCAACAAUUGGAAUUAUACAGAAAUUGAUAUAAGUACAGAAGAAAUUGAUAACUUUUUCAUUAUAGGAAUGUCAGCUGUUACAUAUAUAGCUCAAGACAAAAUUGAUAGAGGCAUAGCAAUUGAUGAUAUUGUUUUUUCAGAGCAUAAAUGUGGGACAAUAGUUACAACAAUUUCAACAACUUUUACACCUAUAACUACAAUGAAACCCUCAAAUCUUGAUUGUGAUUUUGAAAUUGAUUUAUGCCAAUGGGAAAAUCCUAAAGAUAGUUAUUACAAAUGGGAAAUAAAAACUGGUCAUUCUGAUAUAAAAUCAACUCUUCCAAGAACAGAUCAUACUACUAAGUCAACUCAAGGACAUUACAUAGUAGUAGAUCAUAAUUCUAAAUAUCGUAGAAGUAUAGUUGGUCUUGUUACGAAAAAUACUUUAGAAAUAACUUCCGAUGGAGCCUGUAUCCGAUUUUGGUAUUAUAUUUAUGGAAGUGACAAAAAAUCUUUGACAUUUUUAUUAAAGGAAGGUAACUCUAAUAAUGUUACAAGUUAUUGGACUAAAUCAGCUUCAUCAGGGCCAACAUGGAAUUAUCAACAGGUGCAUAUAAAUGAUAUAGGAUCCUUUUUUCUUAUGUUUGAAGGUCAAGCAACAUUGUAUAGUGACGUAGCUUUAGAUGAUAUUAAAUUUAAUUAUGGUAACUGUCCGUCGGAAGUAUUAUGUACAGUAGAAAAUGGUGGAUGCGGAUUCCAUAAUUCUAUUGAAGAUGAGUUUAAUUGGGCUGUUGGUCAAGCAAAAUUAUCAUAUCCAAAAGGUCCAAAAGUAGAUCAUACAUAUGGUACUGAACUUGGUUCAUAUUUCUAUAUCAAUACUACUGAACAGAUGAAAUCUAAUAUGGUUGCGAAAUUAGAAACUGGUGUAUAUUCUCCUGAAAAAAAUUGCCUGAGAUUCUGGUAUCAUCUAAUGGGUAGCAAUGUUGGUACAUUAAUGGUACUUAUUAAAUAUAGUAAUACUAUUAAACCAUUAUGGAAUGAAGAAGGUGAUGAAGGAGAUGAAUGGCAUGCAGCACAAGUAAGCUUUGAACCUACCUCUUCUGAACCAUUCAAAUACGUGUUUCAAGCUGUAACAGGAAAGUCUCCAAACAAUGGUACAAUUGCUAUUGAUGAUAUUCAAAUAUUAGAAAAUUGUGAGCCUUUAGGUGACUGUAAUUUUGAGGAAGAUACUUGCUUGUGGAUGAAUGAUCCUUCUGUUUCAUUUGAAUGGCUCAGAGGUUCUGGAGAAAUAUUUAAUAAAGGUACAAAUAUAGAUCAUACUUUCCAAACACAAUUUGGAGUUUAUCUGUACGCAUAUUACAAUAAUCAGUAUAAACAAACCUUAUCUGCACGAUUAUUAUCACCUUUCUUAACUUCAAAAAAACAAUAUUGUUUUAGCUACUGGUUUUAUAGAACAGGAACCGUACUUCCAGCUCUUAAUUUGACAGAAUAUUCCAAGGCAGACAAUACAAACCACAUAUUAAAUCACUGGACCUUGGAACCUGGUGAUAAAUGGCAAUAUGGUCAAGGUUAUAUAAAUGACACCUCAAUAUUAAAAGGAAAAUUCAGAUUAAUAUUUGAAGUUUCUUUUACUGCUUCACUUCAACAGUUUGUUGCUUUAGAUGAUUUUGUUUUGUCUGAAAAUGCUUGUAAAAAAUAUAAUCCUGAUCCUCCUGAAUUUUCUUGUGAUAAUGAAGCUGUUAGAUUUUCUGGUGAUGAAAUGUGUGAUUUCUAUCAAAACUGUAAAGACAAUAAAGACGAAGCGUUAUGCGGAACCGAAUGUGAUUUUGAAAAGAGUCUUUGUAAUUGGGAAACAGAACCAGGUUAUGUGACUUGGAAGAGAAUAGAAGCAAGAUAUUCACGAUACCCUCCAUUCAUUGAUCACACGCAUUUGUCACCUGAUAAAGGUUAUUAUGUUUCAGUAAACUCAAUGUACAAUAAUUAUUAUUCUUCUUCUUAUUUCAAAAGUCCUACUUUAAGAUUUUCAUCGGCAACAUGUAGACUUAAUUUCUGGUUUUAUAUGCUAUCAGAUUCUAGAGCUGCCUUAAGUGUUCUAAUAAAACAAAAAACACAUCAGAAAUUUACUGAAGUGUUUAAUAUAAGAGGUAAUCAAAGUGAUAUAUGGCAUCAGGGAGAGGCUGUAAUUGGAAGAAUUGGUGGAGAUUUUAUGGUGUAUUUUUCUGGUAGUCAGCGAUAUUAUGUAGGAGGUUUAGCUAUUGACGACUUAGAGUUUUUCGAUUGUGCUCGUCCCGAAAUUACUUCUUGUGACAAUGAGGCAUUUCAGUGCCUUCGAGGAAAUUGCAUUAGUAAUGAUUUAUUGUGUGAUUAUAAUGAUGAUUGUGGUGAUUAUUCUGAUGAAAAUCUUAAAACUGCUAAUUGUGAUGAUUUUCCAGCACGAUGUCAUUUUGACAAUGGUGAUAUGUGUGAUUGGAUAGUACAUACAGAAACCACUCAGUUUACAUGGAAAAUUGGCCCUUCAUAUAAUUAUCUUAUUUCAAAUGUGGGUAGAGAUCAUACUUUAAAUUCUGUUUAUGGAAAAUAUAUUUACUUUUAUGCACGCGGUGUUGAAGGAGCAGAAGCACAGUUAAGAAGUCCAAUUAUGAUUAAAUCGGGAAAUGAAUGUAAAUUCCGUUUUUUCUACACUUAUGCCAGGACUUUUACGCACCUAAAAUAUGAUGAUUAUCGAGGUCAAGGACCAUUGACAGUUUAUACUCGACAAGAUCAAGAAGGAUCCUGGAAUAUAGAGUGGACAACAUCGACAAUAUUUGGACAGUAUUAUGAAAAAGCCAUAAUUGAUCUCAGUCAUAUUAGUGAUGCUUUUGAAGUAAUUUUAGAAGGUGUAAGUGGAACAGAUGAUGGUGCAUGGAUUAUUGAUGAUUUAUCGUUUUCUUCAGGGUGUAGUAAAAUCAAUGAAACACUCCCAACAUUAAAACCGACAGAAGUUAUAAAACCUGAACCAUGUGACAAAUACAAAGAAUUUGCUUGUGAUAACGGUGAAUGUAUUGAUAUAGCAUUUUUGUGUGAUUUUAUUCCCCAAUGUAAAGAUUCUUCAGAUGAAAGUAAAUGUGGAACAUGUACAUUUGAUGAUGAUAAUAAUCCUAUGUGUGGUUGGAAAGAAAAAAGUUUAGGAAGUUAUAAAUGGCUUCGUCAAAAUGGAAAUCAAGGUUAUGGAAUAUCUAAUGAUGUAUCUCUUAAUGGCUAUUUUAUGUAUGUUUCAAGAAGAGGUAGUGGUCAAGCAAAAUUACAGUCACCAACAUUUCCUUUUGCAUCAGGAUCAUGUUCUAUAGAAUUUUAUUAUUAUUUUUAUAACGUUUUUGAGGGUCAGGGUUCUCUUCGUCUCAGUUUAACCCAUAGUAAAACUAUUGAUUUGUGGAAAGAAAAUCGCGAUAAAGGAAAGCAAUGGAAUAAAUUUAGAGUGUCUGUCGGUAGCCAGGAUAGUAAUUGGUAUUUAAGUUUUAUUGCAACUCACCUGCGAAGUGGAGGAGAUAUAGCUAUUGAUGAAAUAUCAUUCGUUAAUUGUGGAGUACCAGAAAGUAGUGUUUGCAAAGAAGGUGAAUUUAAAUGUCAAGAUGGAGGUUGCAUAUUAAAUGAUAAUAAAUGUGAUUUUAAUAGGGAUUGUGGCGAUGGUUCAGAUGAAAUAAAUUGCGUUGAUUAUCCAGAAAGAUGCGAUUUUGAAAAUGGACUUUGUCAUUGGAAUCAUGAAAGUGGAUUAUUUCAAUGGACUUGGUUUUCAGGAAGAACAUUAUCUGAAGGAACAGGUCCAGAAAGAGAUCAUACAUAUGGAAAUGCAUCCGGUCAUUAUUUAUAUAUAUCUUCCAUAUCUCAAGCAAUAAGACGUACAGCUUCGAUUUCUAGUACAACGUUUUUACCAACUAGUACUAAAGGUUGUCAGAUUCGAUUAUGGUACCAUAUGUAUGGUGAAGACAUAAGUACUUUAACUUUAUAUAUUCGAGCAGAUGAAGGUACAAAAUUGAAUAAAUUAACAAAUGUGUCAGGUGAACAAGGUGAUGAAUGGAAACGACUAAGUGUAGUUAUUUCUUUUAAACUUAAUUUUAAAGUAAUAAUUGAGGGUAGACAAGGAGAUGGACCACGUGGUGAUAUUGCAAUUGAUGAUAUUUCUUUUACACCCGAAUGUACUCCAUUAUAUACAGUUGUUACUACACCUGUUAUCACUGUCCAACCACCUGGCAGAUGUGGUAUAAACGAAUUUACUUGCGAUGACAAAUCUUGUAUUCCUAUAAGCAAAGCGUGUGAUUUUAAAAAAGAUUGCCCGUAUGGUGCCGAUGAAAGAAUGUGUCCUUCUAAAUGCGACUUUGAAGAUAAUUCAUUGUGCGGUUGGACUAUUUCCAAAGAGAAACCAGAUGAUGUUUUUUGGAAUAUUACAACAUUUAAGAAUAAUGGAUGCUUAGGUGACGAACCAACUGAAGAUUACCUGAAUUCUACAGAUAGCAAAUAUUUAUUAAUGUGUUGCAAGUCAUGUCAAGAUAGAUGGACUCCUGGUAAAGGUAUCAUGAGUCCAGAAUUUUCAAUAUCAGCAGGAACUUGCGUAAUAAACUUUUGGUUGUAUUUUGUUGGAAACGCAAAUUCAUUCGGUUUAAAAAUAUCUAGUGUAGAUAUUGAAGAGAUAAUUUGGGAGAAUGCUGAUCCAACUCUUUCAGGUAGAUGGAUAAAUGAAAUCAUUGGAAUAGGAGGAAGAAUGGAGCCAUUUAGUUUAUCAUUCAGUAGAGUUAGUGUGUAUAGUACAAAUGAAAUAUUUGCAUUAGAUAAUAUAAAAUUUGAAAAUUGUUCAUAUCCAAAAGAGGAAAAGAAUUGCCCCGUUUCUAAAUUCUAUUGUCGAAAAAGUAAAGCAUGUAUUGACAGAGAUUUAGUAUGUGAUCUAUCAGAUGAUUGUGGUGAUGGAUCAGAUGAAAAUGGAUGUUAUCAAGAUUUCCUAAUCUCAUUUGAAGAGGGCCUGAAAUUCUUUUACCAAGAUAAAAACGACGACAUUGACUGGGAUUUUGGCAAUGGAGUUUAUAAAAAUCGUCUUAAAUAUAAAACUGGGCCCCCGUUUGAUCACACUUAUUUCUUAGACAAAGGAAAUUAUAUUUUUAUUACAAGCGAAACAUCAUCACCGAAUAAAAUAGCACGUUUGAUAUCUGAUGUGUUAGAAAUAACUCGAAAUGGAAUGUGUUCUUUAAGAUUUUAUUAUUAUAUGUUUGGUAAAUUAGUAAGUGAUUUGAAAGUUUAUAUCAGGACAUUGAAUAACAGAUAUUCCAAACCUGUUUGGUUUGAGAAAGGAUCAAGAGGUGAUUAUUGGAAACGAUCAUCUAUUCAACUGAAUGUUACUUCUCCUUUUCAAAUUGUUAUUGAAGGAAAAACUGGUGACAGAUAUGAAGAUGUAAUUGCUCUUGAUGAUAUAUCUCUAAGAGGAGACUGUGAAAUUACUUCAAGAACGUCACUUUCGGGCUGGACUGAGACUACUCCUUCAGGAAUAAAAACAACAUUAAGACCAGGAGAAUGCCCACAAGGCUAUUGGUAUUGCUUGGCUGAUAAAUAUUGUAUCAGUGAACAAAGAAAAUGUGAUUUUAGAGUAGACUGUAGUGACGGAAGUGAUGAAAAUGAGUGUGUAAAACCAAACUGCACAUUUAUAAAUAAUAACUUAUGUGGAUGGAAAAUAAAAAUCAGAUCAAAACAAAGAUAUAAAAGAGAUAUAAAUGAUAAUAUAUUCACUUGGACUGUCACCAAAGCAAGUGAUAGCAAAAUAAAAAUUAUUUCUUAUAGCUUUGUGACUUGUUCACUGGACAUAAGGACUUAUUAUAAAUUACUGUUGAUAAUUACUUCAAGAACGUCACUUUCGGGCUGGACUGAGACUACUCCUUCAGGAAUAAAAACAACAUUAAGACCAGGAGAAUGCCCACAAGGCUAUUGGUAUUGCUUGGCUGAUAAAUAUUGUAUCAGUGAACAAAGAAAAUGUGAUUUUAGAGUAGACUGUAGUGACGGAAGUGAUGAAAAUGAAAUUACUUCAAGAACGUCACUUUCGGGCUGGACUGAGACUACUCCUUCAGGAAUAAAAACAACAUUAAGACCAGGAGAAUGCCCACAAGGCUAUUGGUAUUGCUUGGCUGAUAAAUAUUGUAUCAGUGAACAAAGAAAAUGUGAUUUUAGAGUAGACUGUAGUGACGGAAGUGAUGAAAAUGAGUGUGUAAAACCAAACUGCACAUUUAUAAAUAAUAACUUAUGUGGAUGGAAAAUAAAAAUCAGAUCAAAACAAAGAUAUAAAAGAGAUAUAAAUGAUAAUAUAUUCACUUGGACUGUCACCAAAGCAAGUGAUAGCAAAAUAAAAGAUCAUCCUGAAGCAGAUUCUAAAGGAAAUAAAACUGGUUGGUAUGUCAUUGCUGACAGCAGUCGUGGACAAAAAUCAGAUAUUACUACUUUGGAGACUCCAUUUAUAUCUAGAACUCAUGCUCAGUGCAAAUUUCGAUUGUGGUAUUAUUGCGAUAUAUUACAUUGUCCACUGACAAUUCAGUCAAGUUCAGAAAUUAUGGAUGGCCUAUCUCAGAGUCAGCCAUGGUAUCCUGAUUUAACAGGUGAAAGCUUAAAACCGGCAAGUCAGUGGCGUCAAGCUAAUAUUUAUUUAAGCAAUGCAGUUAAAUCAAAAAUGGAAAUUCAAGCAACGAAAGUAUACGAUACUUCAAUAGCCAUUGACGAACCUUCCUUUGAUCAAUGUGAACCUCCUGCUGCUAUAAAAAAGGAUAAAACACAAUGUGAUGAAGAUAUGUUUACAUGUAAUAAUAAAGAAUGUAUACAGAAUUCAUUAGUAUGCGAUUUUUCAAAUGAUUGCACUGAUGGCAGUGAUGAAUCGGAUGCUUUCUGUGAAGAUUUUUACGAAAGAUGUUCGUUUGAAAAAGAUAUUUGCAGUACAUGGGAAGUAGAAGCUGGGACUAACAAAUAUUGGAAAUUAUUUAAACAAAAUGAUUAUGUGUCUGCUUUUCUGCCAAAAACUGACCACACUAAAGUGGGACAAGGAAGUUAUCUUGCAAUUGAAAAGGAAUAUUCAUCUCCAGAAGUAGGGAAGGCUCGUCUUGCAUCUUAUGUUAUAAAAGGCUCAUCUGGAAAUAAUUGCUUUGUGAAAUUUUGGUUUAAUCUUAUUGGACAAAAUAAUUCUCUUAACGUAUAUCGUCGUAACAGUUACUCCGAAACUGGCUUAAAAUUACUUUCUUCCUACAAAGAGAAUACAAAGAUAUGGGAAAGUAGUGAAAUUAAGUUAACAGAUCAAGAAAACAACUAUAAGGUAGUCUUUGAGGGAAAUCUUGGCUCUGGAAUUGGAAGUGUUGGUUUAGACGAUUUAUCAAUAUCCCGUUCUUGUCAAAAAUCUGAAGAUAAUUUGCCCGGUGAACCAAUUGGCACUCCUCCACCGUAUACUGAUUGCGGUCCUGAUAAAUUUCAAUGUCAAAAUGGAAACUGUUACGCUCGAGAACAGCGGUGUAAUUUUGCUGAUGAUUGUGGAGAUGGAACCGAUGAAGCAGACUGUGGAACUGAUUGCGAUUUUGAAGAUGGUACAUGUGGAUGGUAUAAUCCCAAAGGAUAUUCAGCACAAUGGAUUAUUGCAACGCCGAGUGAUAUACAGUCACGCAUUAGUGGUCCUAAUGUUGAUCAUACCUUUAGAAAUGAUUCGGGACACUUUAUAUAUCCUGGAGAAGGAAGUUUUUCAAAACCAACAGAUGUGGCACAGCUCCAUUCUAAAGUUUAUACCAAAUCAGCAAUUUCUUGUACUAUUAAUUUCUGGUAUCAUAUGUAUCAUAGAAAUUUAGAAAAAAUUGGUAAUCUUCGUAUAUUAGUGAAAACUACAAACAAUGAUAAAAAGAUUUUAAGUAUUUGGGAUCGUUCUGGUAGUCAAGGAAGUAGAUGGCACGAAGGAGUUGCAGAAAUCAAUAAACAAGAUGAUUUCAGUGUUAUUAUAGAAGCAAAUCGUGGUACUGCAAGCAAAAAUUUUGUAUCAAUUGACGAUAUUGAAUUUAAAAGUUGCAGUCAAGAUUAUGUACCAGUGGAAUGUAGUUUUGAUGAAUGGAUGUGUAAGAAAAUACCACAGUGUAUUAAAAAAUGGCAGCGCUGCGAUAAAUCUUUUGAUUGUAAAGAUAAAACAGAUGAACUGAAUAAUUGCAAUAAACAAAAAGGUGACUGUGAUUUUAAUGAUGAGAAUUGGAUUGAAAGUUGUAAAUGGGAACACUGGCCAGAAAAGAGUUUUAAAUGGUCUCGUGCAAGUGAAUCACCGAGUAAAAAGACAGGCCCUCCUUAUGAUCAUAGUAUAAAUGUUAAAGGUUACUAUUUAUAUAUAGACAGUGGUAAUCAUUCUAUAGGAGAUUCUGCAGCUGUGUCAACACAAAGUUUACCUGCAAGUAGAGAAAAAUGUCACUUAAGAUAUUGGUAUUUUAUGUAUGGCUCUAAAUCAAUGGGAAAACUAACAGUGUCGAUUUAUGGAAAUAAGGGACAAAUUAUUCCAGUCAAUACAAUCAGCGGUCCUAUUGAAAAACAAUGGAAAUAUGCUCAUGCCAAGAUUAACAGUGUUCAAGACUAUAAAAUUGUAUUUGAAGGUUUUGUUGGAGGAGAUGAGUAUACAGAUAUUGCAAUUGAUGAUGUUUCUUUCACAGAAGAAUGUCAAGAAGGGGGAACAGCUAUAAUUCCAACUGGUGUACCAUCUCUCUGUGACAAAGCAGUACAUUUUACAUGUAGAGAGAUUCCCCAAUGUAUAUCCUCAGAAUGGCUUUGUGAUUGUUAUUCAGAUUGUAAAGAUGGAAGUGAUGAACAAGAUUGUGAUAUUGAUUGUACAACAUUAUUAACCGAGUCACCAUCAUCUACUAUUCCAAUGGGAAGUACGACGAAAUCUGUUCGUCCAACCGGAAAAACAACAACAACAACAGAAUCAAGUCCUACUACACCUGUCACACAUACAACAUUUCGUCCAACUGUGAAUUGCAAGAAAAAUGAAUUUGAAUGUGGAGACAAAACUUGUAUUCCGAGAAUCUAUCUCUGUGAUGAAUAUGAAGAUUGUAAUGAUGGUUCGGAUGAAAAAGGAUUUUGUUCAAAAGUACAGUGUAAUCAAAGCAAUUAUUUUUGUCAUGACCUUCACUGUAUACGAGAAGAACUGAUUUGUGAUGGAACUAAACAAUGUUCUGACGGUUCCGACGAGAGUAUGUGUGAUCUUACAGAAUGUCCACCUAAUUACUGUCAGAAUGGUGCUACAUGUAAACUCAAUACAAAGAAUUUUCCAAUUUGCAGUUGUAAACCCAGUCAUAUUGGUAAAAGAUGUGUGAAAACUGCUGAAAUUAAAGAUGAAAUUAAAGAUAAUGUUAAAGAAAGCAAAGCAUGGAUUGCCGGAGUUGUGAUAGGAACCCUACUACUUGUCGCAAUGGUCCUUCUGAUAUUAAGAUACUGGAGAAAGAGGCAAACAGAUACUUCAUCUUCAUUACGCACAGUAGAUAAUCCCGUUUAUGGAAUGACCAUAGAUAAUUUUAGUUUUGGAGAAUUAGAUACUCAAGUACCUGGACCACAUGAUACAGAACUAAAAACGUUAGGACUAGAAAAUCCUUUAUAUCAAAAAUAUUAGUUAAUGUAUAUAGAAAAAAAUCAUUGAAGUGUUAUUUGUCAAGCAAAUAUUUUGUGUCAUUUAUGUAUGCUGAACAUCAUCACCAGCAUUUUUGUAUUACCAUACAUUGUAUUUUUUCAUUUUUUGGAAAAUGAUAUAUAUUUUUGAAAUAAAUUAUAUUUAGCAAUGUUAAUUUAGAUUUGCAUAGUAGUACU